AUGAAGGUCUGGUUGGUUGAUAUUAUUCGCAAUCCAGAAAACCUUAGUUGGGCUGAACGUCUAGAAGUUCCAAGUGAUGAAGGAAGGAAUUACAAGGUAGACCAAUGGUGUAACCGUGAUUUGAUCCCAAUCCCGAAGGAGAGAAGGACUUACACCACGAUGUCGUAUUUCGGUUAUUGGACGGUAUCUGGUGCCUGUGUCAGUGCCUGGACCAUUGGAAGUACUAUGCUUUCUUAUGGCCUCAAUGCCAAACAGGCAAUUGCGUGUGUGGUGGUGGGCAGUUUGCUGACAGGUCUUCUGGCAAUUUCGUGUGGCUGGAUGGGUGAGAUGUACCAGAUCGGAUUUACCGUUUCCUCGAGGUAUUCGUAUGGAUUUUACGGUUCUUAUAUUCCUGUCGUUAUCCGGUCGUUUAUUGCAUGUAUGUGGUUUGGAAUGCAGGCUUAUUGGGGUGGGCAGGCUACUCGUAACCUGAUUGGAGCUAUCAUCCCAGGCUUCAUCGAUGGCAGUCUGGCGAAUGAGUUCAGCGGGAGCUCCCACCUUGCUAAGAACGAUUUCAUUGGUCUGUGUAUCUGGGGUAUCUUCUUCUGCUACUUUUUGACUAUUCCACCAGAGAGAAUGCAGAUUCCUUUCUACGUUUCGUUCGUUUUCUUCGUGGGCACCUGCUUUGGACUGCUGGGAUGGGCUGUCAGUGUUGCAGGUGGAGCAGGGCCUUUGUUUCACUCAAAAGCAACCACGACUGGUUCUGUUGGCUGGGGAGUCAUGUUUGGUAUAACCGCGCUAAUUGGUUCGUGGGGAGCUGGGUGUUUGGGCCAAUCUGAUUGGACCCGUUACGCUAAAACCCGGUAUGCCCCCACAUUGUCCCAGAUGAUUGCUGCGCCCAUGACCAUCAUCGUGACUGCGAUAAUUGGGGUUAUAGUUACAUCCGCAUCGUAUACAGUCUUUGAUGAGCUUGUUUGGAAUCCUAUUCAGCUCAUUCCCAGAAUUCAGCAACACUACCACAGCUCACCCGGCGCCAGAGCUGGCUGUUUCUUUGCUUCUAUUGGUCUGGUCACUGCUCAAAUGACCAUUUCUGUUGUUCUGAACUCUGUUUCCACCGGAAUGGAUCUUUCUGGAUUGUGCCCCAAGUAUAUCAACAUUCGCAGGGGUGGGUAUCUGAUGGCUGCAAUUGGCAUUCUGUGUCAACCAUGGCAAUUGCUAGCCACGGCAGCCAAGUUCCUCACAGUUUUGUCAGGUUUUGGUAUCUUCGUAGCUCCAAUGACAGGGGUUAUGCUGGCGGACUUUUUUGUUGCCAGAAAGAUGAAGCUUCGCGUCUGUGAUCUCUACAGAACACACGACAGUAUUUACUGGCUCGGUGAGGAGGGAAAUUGGCGUGGGGGUUUCAACUGGCGCGGUUUCGUAUCGGCAGCUUUAGGUACUGCAUUUUUAAUGCCAGGCCUUAUUGCAGCCGCUGGUCCCUACUCCAUUGCAUCAGGCUGGUCCAGACUGUACAAUCUAACGUUUAUCGUGGGCACGGCCAUCUCGUUUGCGGUCUCGUGUACCCUGAACUAUUUUUUCCCUACACCAGGUAAUGGAUUGGUUGCUCCAUUUAUUGAAGAGGAUAUCAUUAGCGCUCGCUUUUCAUCCGCCGGUGAAGGUAGUAAUGAUGAAGGGAAGGAGCCUUAUUCUGUUCAAGUUGAUAGUGUUUAG